AUGAGUUGCUCAUUUAAUACAAUUUCUUCUACAAUUAACUUUGAUGAUGAAUGGGAUUCUGAUUCAUUGAGUGAGGAUACCCAAGAUCCUGAGAAUCCAUUCAUGGAUGGAACUGUUCGUGAAAGUGUAUAUUGUCCUUUUUUACAAACAAAGGUUUAUAAAGAGAUACGAAAAUGUAAUAGUAUCAAAAUGUGUCAAUUCACAGCUGCAAAGUUAGUAUCAAUGACUCACUCGUCAGUAGAUUUUAAUAAUAAUAUUUUCAAAAAAAUAUUUGAUUCAAAUGAGUUAUCUUUGGUACCAAUACUUUAA